UUUACUCGCUUUUUCGUCUUUUUUGAGUUGUUUUAUGCACUUUAGUUAUUGUAAUAAAAGCACCUAACCAAAAUCAAAUAUAUUAAAUUUUUAUUGGUUGGUUGAUUGAUUGAUAAGAUAAUCUCUUUCAUCGCACAGUUUAACAAUGUUUUUGAAAAAAUUUUCUACAAAUAUUUUUACUAACAAUGGUAAAAAUUUUAACGGCUUGUUAUACCAUAUCAAAAACAUUCAUUGUGCUGCAUAUAAUGACGGAUGCACUAAUUUUACAAUGUAUAAGCUUGUGAUGAUUAGACACGGGGAGAGUGAAUGGAAUAAAAAAAAUCUAUUUUGUGGAUGGUAUGAUGCUGCACUUAGCUGCAAAGGUAAAGAAGAAGCAAAAAAAGCAGGAAGAACUUUAUAUGACAAUCAAUAUAAAUUUGAUUUGGCGUACACAUCAAUGCUGAAUAGGGCUCAAGAAACUUUGGAAAUUAUUUUGAAAGAAAUAAAUCAAACACAUAUACCAGUUUGUAAAUCUUGGCAUUUAAAUGAACGGCACUAUGGUAGUCUAACAGGUUUGAACAAAGUGGAGACUGCGAAAAAAUUCGGCGAAAAAAAAGUACAAGAAUGGAGACGCAGCUUUGAUAAACUACCACCCGAAAUGAAGUCAGAUCAUGCCUAUUAUAAACAAAUUAUAAAUGAUUCUAGAUACAGUGAAGAACUUUGCAAAAAUGAAUUUCCUUUAACUGAGUCUUUAAAAUUAACUAUAGAACGUGUUUUACCUUAUUGGAAAAAUGUGAUUGUUCCACAAAUUAAGUUAGGUAAACGAGUUAUUAUAGCUGCUCAUGGAAAUAGCCUAAGAGGAUUAAUAAAACAUUUAGAUUGUAUAUCCAAUGAUGGAAUAAUGAAUCUAAAUCUUCCAACGGGAAUUCCAUUUUUAUAUGAGCUGGAUGAAAAUUUAAAACCUUUAAUAUCAAUGAAAUUUUUAGGUGAUGCAGAAACUAUUAAAAAGGCUACGGAAGCCAUAGCAAAUCAAGGAAAAAUUAAAUAAUUACACUUUUUCAUUUUAUGCAAUUGUAGCAAA